AUGGCAAAAUUCAUCCAUCCCCCGUUUCUAGCUGUAUUGGUUAUGCUCGUCUGCCUCUCAAUGCUUCCUCCCGCAUUCGCCGCUGGGCCGGUGCGCAUCGCUCGCACGCUACAGGCUCAAGACGUAUACACUGGACAGCGACAGCUGCGCCGCGACCGUGCGCGAAAACUGACCGACGUCAACAAUAGCGGCUCUCAGCCUCCCCUGCACAUGUUUGAAACGAAAUCCAUCUUCGACAAGGAGCGACGCGGGGAGUUCUCGGAGGAACAGCGCGAGCAGGUGGGCGGCGCCGCGGCGUCGUCCGCCAUUCCCAUUCAAUACCACGGUGGACCCGUGAUGAGCGGCGAGACGCUGAACGUGUACUUAAUCUACUAUGGCUUCUGGCCCGCGGGAAUCGGGCAGGAUGUGAUCGAGAAUUUCAUACAAUCGCUGAGCCUAGGAAGCUCCGAUGAGCAGGGGGGACCCGGGGAUCCGAAAGUAGUCUACGACCACGGGUCUCAUGGGAAGAGAUUAGGCGGCAAAACUCCCUGGAGAGUUGUCAUGAGCAACAUUGGUGAUGGAAGACCGUUCCCCUACGAUGCCAAUGGCAUCUACCUGAUUCUCGCCGGCAAUAACGUGGAAAUUCCUGGCUUUUGCAAAAGCUUUUGCGCGUGGCACGCGAUGCAUCUUCUCAAUUGGAAGCCUGUCGCCUAUUCGCUCGUGGGUCAUCACGGAUUGUGCCCAACAAGCUGCGGGGUGCAGCAGACUUCGCCCAACGGAAAGCCCUGGCUCGACGCGAUGGUUUCGGCGAUCGCUCACGAGAUCGCGGAAGUUGCGACGAAUCCUGAUGCUCGGAGCGGCUGGUUCGAUGCUCACCAGAGGGAAGGCGCUGAUAAGUGCAGCUACCACUACGGAGUUACGCAAACAACAAAGAAUGAAAAGGGCGAGGAUUCAGAGUACAAUCUGGUGGGGCUCAACAACAUGAAGUUUCUGGUGCAGCAGAACUGGGAUCUCUCGACCUGGUCCUGGGCGGAGAAAAUGGACAGAGCGGGAGAAAUUAGCGAUUCGCUUCCCCCGCCCGUCGCCUUCGCUUUCUCCGCCCGCCCUCGCGUUCCACGCCCGCCGCCCUCGCUUUCCCCGCCUACCACCCUCGCCUCGCGGGUCGCAAUCGCCGCCUCGCCGCCCGUCGCCCUCGCUUCCUCCGCCCGUCGACCUUGCUUUCCCCCUCUCGUCGAUCUCGUUUUCCCCCUCCAGUCGACUUGCUUUCCCUCUCCCGUCGACUUUGCUUUCCCCCUCCCGUCGACCUUGCUUUCCCCCUCCCGUCGACCUUGCUUUCCCCCUCCUGUCGACCUUGCUUUCCCCCUCCCGUCGCCCUCGUUUCUCCUCCCCAUCACUCGCCCAGUCGACCUCUCCUCCCUGUCCUGUCGCCGCGUCAACAUCGCUCUCAUUCCCGCGGCCAACAGUUCGUCGAGCUUCCAUCUUAUUCGCCCUCUCUUCCUUUCCCUGUCGCCCAUGCCCAUUCCCCUCUCCCGCGCCGACGCCCUGGUUUUUCAACCCGCCCUAGUUUCUCCCCCUGAUUGCGCUCAGUUUCCCCCCCUGAUUGCGCUCAGUUUCCCCCCCUGA